AUGCUGAAGUCCAUCUCCCUCCUCCUCGCUGUGGCGUCGGUGGGCUUUGCCUCACCGAUCGCCCAGCGCAACACCCUCUGUGCGAAUGACCUUUCCUCCGCCACCACCGGAACCUGUUCGGUCACUUGGGGCGGCACGGCCAUCACCGGUGCAUCUAACGGUGGCGCCUGUCGCUACACUGUCCGCUACGGUUCAGCCAACCGCUGGGAGGACUCUGUUGCCGGUACUCAGACUGGUGUGGACGCUGCCGCCUUCCCCAACUACUGCCCCCAGGCGACUGGCUACGAGUUCCCCUCGUUUGUUAGCUCCUCUCUCUCGGCUUCUGAGGACUGCCUCUUUGCCACUGUCUACGCACCCGCCUCGGCUACCAGCGACUCUGCCCUCCCCGUCCUUGUCUGGGUCCACGGUGGCUCCCUCAUCGCUGGUGCCUCGACUAUGAGCGGCCUCAACGCCUCUGCCCUUGCAACGGAGGGCAACAUGAUCAUCGUCUUGCUCCAGUACCGUCUCGGUCCUCUGGGCUUCCUUCCCCCCUCGAUCUCGCCCUUCGCCUCGGACCCCAGCUUUGGUCUCCGCGACAUCAUCCUCGCCCUCAACGUCGUCAAGAGCAACAUUGCCGCCGUUGGUGGUUCGCCCUCCAGCGUCACCCUUGGUGGUCAGAGCUCGGGUGGUACCCUUGUCCGCAUGCUCUACGGUGCCCCCACAGCCAAGGGUCUCUUCAACCGUGUGAUCCUCCAGUCUGACCCCUUCUCGUCAACCGUCCAGGCUGGCGUCGAGUCUAUUAUUUACGGUGGACUUGGAUGCACCACCCUCGACUGUUACAAGGGUCUCAGCGUCGACUCGCUCAUGUCCGUGACGGCCCAGGCUCAGAACACCGCUGCUGGCACCGUCACUGGCCUCUCGGUUGGAUCCACCUUCCUCCCUAUGUUCGGCUCCAACACCCUCCCCAACGACCCCACCUACCUCCUCUUCAACAGCCCCUCGAGCCUCCCCAUCUCGCCCGCCGACGUCCCCCUUCUCCUUACCGAGGUCAAGAACGAGGCCGGUACUGCCAUUGGCAACAACCUCCCCCAGAUGUCUACCUCCGCUCUCGGCUACAGCCUUUACCUCGUGUCCUUCCUUGGCCAGUCUCGCGCCGCCGCCGUUACCACCUCUAGCUACUACGCCUGGGACGCUUCCAACACCGGCGCCGACUACUUCCGUGAGCAGAUGGAGCUUGUCCUCACCGACGGUGGAUGGCGCUGUGCCAACCGCGAGGCUGCCCGCAAGUAUGCUGCUGCCGGUGGUUCCGUCUACUUUGCCGAGUGGACCGAGGGUGCCACCUACGCCAACCAGCCCGCCUUCUGCACCGGCAAGAUCUGCCACAGCGACGACAUCUACCCCACGUUCAACACCAUCUCCUGCCCCAGCUCCGCCCAGUCCGCUCUCGAGUCCACCAUCGCGUCUGACUGGGUCGCGUUCAUCAAGUCUGGCGCUCCCAGCUCGACUUGGGCCAAGUGGACCUCCACCUCGACCGACGCCGACGUCCACAACCUUGGCAGCGGCGUCACCCUCAACUGCCCCGCCAACUUCUGGGGUACCACCGCCAAGUGGGACUUCCAGCUCUACUCGGCUCCCUCGGGAUCGUCUGCUGCUUCGUCAUCGUCUUCGUCGUCUCCUGUUGCCUCGAGCACUGUGGCCUCAUCUACCGUCUCCUCGACCACCAAGGCCUCGAGCACCACCAAGGCCGCGUCUACGACCGCCAAGUCGUCAUCGUCUGCCGCUCACACCACCUCUACUCGCUGCUAUGGCCCUCGCUGCUAA